CAUUAUUUUUGUCAUUUGUGUUUAUUUUGAUUUUUUUUCGUUUUAUUUUAAAUAUGGAUCGUUAAACCUGUAUGCGGCUCCUGUUGUAUAUUGUAUUGUUCCUGGUAUAAUAGACUAGAAAACAAUGUCUCGACUCUUGUUCAUUGAAUAGGUAAUCUAACUUCGUCUCAAACGAGACCACCCGAACUAAUUUAUUUCUACCUGAUGCACCCAUUCCUUAUUGUUUGUAUUCUCUAAAAAUUUUAAAGCAUUUAAAUUCGAUCGUAAUUCCCGGAAAAUGUACUUCAUUAGUACUAGUAGCCCUGAUGAGUACUCUACUAAAGUUGAUAGAAUGAUUGGUGAAAAUAUGGAUUUGACUAGGGAUCUUGAAUUUUGGAUGUCAAAACUUCCUGCCUGUUUAAGAGCCCUGCCAAUAAUAUAUUUAUCCAUUCCAGGCUCUCAUAAUAGUUUUACUUCAAAUAUAUCAGGAGGCUCUAUUGUAUCAUUAGAUUCCCCAAAAAUUCUUCAAAAUCUGGAAUGGAUUUAUUGUAUUAGGCAUAUAAUGGCUAACUGGACAAAAAAUCAAAAUGUUGCUGUUAAAGAGCAACUGAAGGCUGGAAUUAGGUAUUUCGACUUAAGAGUGAGUGCUAAGUCUAGAGAAAAUAAUCUGUAUUUUUGUCAUGGAAUGUAUUCUUGCAAAGUUGAGCCUGUUUUAAACGAAAUUUCUACAUUUUUGGAGACACAUUCCAAGGAAGUCGUUAUAUUAGAUUUUCAACAUUUUUAUGGAUUUACUCAACAAACACAUGGAAAAUUAAUGCAAAUGUUAUUAAAAACAUAUGGAACCAAGCUUCUGCCAUAUUCUGAUCAUAUGGAUCAUUUAUCUCUUGAUUAUAUGACAAGUCAGUUUAGCUACCAGGUUAUAACUGUCUACAGAUCAGAUGCUGCACGUUUUGGACAGCCUUUAUUUUGGCCCUCUGCUAGCUUUCCCACUCCUUGGGCUAACACCAUAGAUCACAAUGCGUUAUUUAAUUUUUUGGAUGACAAAAUUAAGGAUAGAAAGGACAAUGUUGGAUUUAUUACUCAAAUUGUCCUGACUCCUACUUUAACAGAUAUUUUAUUUAAUUCGUGCACAACUCUUGAACAAAAGCUGGCUAUAGACUUCGAGGACCUAAGGACUGGGUGGAUCUCUAAGCAAACUCCUGGCAGAAGGGGCGUGAAUAUAGUAAUAGGCGAUUUUAUAGAUUUAUCAGAUAAUUUAUUUACAAAAACUGUAAUUAAUCUAAAUUUAAAGCUACUUAGAGACUUGCCUAAGCGCAUGACCUCACCCAUAAAUUAAACGCAACGGCAGCGUGAUAAGGAUGAGAGUUCGUAAAAAACUACCGAAUUCGUGGAUGUUGCACCAGGAAAAUGCAGCUGCUCUUAAUGCUCUAUCUAAGAACCGUUACUUAGACGUUAGAGAUACUCCAGUGUUGGAACGUUUGCCGUACUCGCCUGAUAUAGAACCCUGUGACUUUUUCCUAUUUCCAACGAUUAGGUCUUCCUUCAAAGGAACCCGGCUCGAGGCGAUGGGAGACGUGAAGCGAAAACUGGCGGAAUUCGUAACUGAUAAAAAAGUGUGUGACGAGUAUAUUGAAAGGAAGCAUUUGAUUGUAGAAUUUUUUUAAACAGUCUCGUUAUUUAAUAUCUAAAUCUCGUUAUUGAAUUAUCUUCUAAAGUUAGAUUGCCAGAAAAGUGACGGUCUUAAGAAUAGUACAACCACCAUCUAUCAAGCGAUUACAUUUUGGUGUAAUCGCUUGAUAGAUGGUGUAUUCGUCAAGUUUCAAACUUUUGUUUGGGGAACUACGGCUAUGGAUGGAAUUUUGGCAAGUAAUAAAAUAGUUCUGAUCUGAAAUGAAAACUACUAAGUAACGAAUCGACUUCUUAUAUAAGAUACUUGCGUAAAAAUUGACUUCUGAGGCUCCAUGGAUCUAAUUUUUACAUAAGAAUU